GGCAUGUGAUUCAAAAAGAGAUAUCUAGCUGGGGAAAAUAUUGCCUAGCUUUUAUCAUACACAAAUAUCAGUUACAAUACGGAUGAAGAGUUGCUGAAGUCCACGGGGUCUACGCAUUUACAAAAAGAUGAUCAAUCCAGCAGCCGUAUCGUUCAUGGUUCUGAUGUCUGUCUAUCUUGUCAAGUCCAAUAAACUUCUCACCAACUGGACCACUUGUACCCCUGUUUGCGCAUGUGCACGUGACGCAUCAGGGCUACUCCAUGCAAGAUGUGACGUCCAGAGUCUUCCUGACUCUAGUCUCCUGGUGCUAUCCACCGUCAAGAAUCUUUAUUCCCUGUCAAUUGAAAACACAGAUAUACAAAGGCUUCCCGCAGGAUCAUUUCAAGGACUUCAUAGUCUGAGAGAACUAUUUCUGAAAAACAACAGCAUAAAAACCAUCGAAAAAGGAGCCUUUUCGUCAUUGGGUAACCUAAAGACGGUUGACCUGCGAGAUAACGGUCUUCAAACAUGGCAUGUCAGGACUGUAAUGGAUCUGCCAUCUUUGCAAACUAUACACGUGGCGGGAAACCACUAUUGGGUCCCGGAUGAAAACCUACUGCGCUUGCGCAAUCUCGAAGAAUUAACUGGACUAAAGUGGAGMGAUUUCUGUAGUGACUGUACACUUUUGAAGACGGCAGUAGGAAAGAAAGACACAGAUGAGAGCGAAGACAUGCUUGAUGAUAAYGAAACGUUAUCCAUAGCUUGUGACGUUACCUUGGAUACGUUCUUCAUCCAUCAUAAAGAAGUCACUUACGGCAAGGCUUAUGAAUUCGUUAAACUUGGCUUCUCACCUCAGUGUUUGUGUAAUUCUCAUGAGUGCUUUAAUGGAGAAAUAACACGAGUUUAUUUCCAACAACUAAACGAUCUACCGAAGAAACUCUUCUACGCUCAGUACAUCCUAGGAACCAUUCUCCUGGUCAUCAACCUUACUAUCGUAGUUAUUGUACUUAUAUCACGGACACUGCGAACCAAUGCAUCAUUUAUCUUGAUCUGUAGUAUGGCCAUGAGUGAUGUGUUGAUCGGGUUAUACACUGUUGGCAUCGCUGUCUUUAAUCCUUUUACGGAAUCGAUUGUCGCACCCAACGAAAUGAUGAAAAAUGACAUCAGUAUGUGCCCAUACCUGGGAUUUGUAUUCACUACAGGUCAGACAACGACAGUGUUUAUAUCUCUGUUCAUGACAGUAGAGCGAUACCUUGCAAUAGUCCACUGUGACAGACCAUCACUGCGAAUGAACACUAAACUAACUCUGAUACUAACAGCAGUUAUCUGGCUGUUUGGUGUAGUCUACGCUGUACUGCCAGUACUUGGAAUCAAGCAGCUUCAAUACCACAAGUGGUUCCAGUGCACAAUGCCUUUUCAUAAGAGUACAGGUGUAUUAGAUGACACCUCGACAGUCACGCUUGUCAUUGCUAUCGGGUUUGUGGUAGUCUAUCUGUCAAGUGUAGCGCUGUAUGUUAGAAUAUACAUCUACGUACGCACCGCAAGUGCUAACUUCUCUGUUGGAGUAAGACGAGAAGCAAGACUUGCUAAACGGAUUGCACUAGUCGUCUGCACCAACUUUAUCUUUUUUGUCGUACCAACCAUCUUGUUUCUAGUCUAUGUCUAUCGAUUCAUGAAGGUUCUUUUCGAUGUUGGUAGCACGUUCUUUAGCCUGCGAGGAUUCAUCGUUAUGGGGAGCUGGGUUCCCGUCACUUUACUCGCCAUUAAUUCGCUUCUCAACCCCAUUCUUUACGCUUUUCGACAUCAAAAAUUUCAGAGGGAAAUCAGUAGAUUAACCAGGCGAUUUAACACUAACGUAAGAGAUUCUCUGAUCUCACAGGAGUCAAGAAUAAGACGCAACACCUCAUCAUUUCGCAGUCCCACAUAUGAAGGAAGGGAACAGCGCAAAUUGAUAAAAAGUGCGAACGGAGAGUACACUACGGAAAUCGAGUUAUCCAAAAUACCAAGCUUUAAACAAUAAGGAGUUUGCUUCAAAGCAUGGACAUUGACAUUAGAUACUGGAGUAUUGUGUUCGCAUCAAUAUAGACCUUUUCUAAGAUAGCGAUUAUGGUGCAUUAUGGUCUAGCUUAGCUACAAACAACUUUUGUUCAUAAUGCCUUAUAUGGUGUUGUUUGUACCGAAGCUAGAUCACAAUGCAUCCUGUUUAUCGAACUCAGAAAAGGCCUAUUCUCUACUUUCACAUCCCCAUAAUGCCUUGCGUCUUUGGGGGGUAACCAAUCAAAAAACUGUCCCAAAUUGAAAAGUUUAUUAAUUGAAUUUAUACUAUACCUGCUUUUAUCUGUACAACACUGAUUAUCAGUUUGUUCCAAGUUAUUUUUGCGUCUACAGAUCAUCAAUAGUUUUGGUAUUACAGAAAAUUUAUUGACUUACGAAAAAAUGUUUAAAAUUUACCUUAAACCUCUUCAAACUUCUAUCUUUUUCUGUUUUUUACUUCUUUAUUUUAUUUUUGGAUACCAAACAAGGUAUUAUCAUMAUUGUCUGAUCAGCCUUCAGCAAAAUAAGUGGGGUUUUACCCUCUGGUUACCCCCAAAAGACACAAAGUAUUAUGGGGAUGUGAAAGUAGAGAAUUGUGUGGUAUACGUGGGAAACACUGUCAACAUAUCAUUUACUAAAUUGUUUAUGAAAUUUAAAAAGUCAGGGAAAGUCAUUUCUAUUGUAUAAUAAACUAGCUAUCUUAUGAGCAUGCGCUAAGUGAAGGGAUGUAAUCGCUGGUCAUAAGCAUUACACGACAUUAGGUUGUAGGGCAGACUUCACGGCGGAAAAUGUACAGUGUAACACCUAGCCAAUCAAAAUACUUGGAAUCCAUUAAAGUGUCAAAUAAAACAUCGUAUAUAUUUCCGCCUAAACACGUGAAAUCUGCUUUGUAUGUAUAUAGAAUUAAGUUAUUAAUUUAUCCGCAUGUAUCUGUAUCUAUUAAUAGUUUCAUUGGCCAGUUUGGAAAA